AUGACGCAGCGAUUGGUUCCAACGGCUAGAUGGGCCUCCCUCGUGAUCUGCUCGUGGCUCAUCGUCUCCUCGAUCUGCCUCGUCGAUCUCGCUGCUGCCGACGCUGAUGCGUGCGUCGCGGAGCGCGAAGGCAAGGCGCGAUGCGAGGAUCUCGUGACCAAGGUGAAGGCGGAGCUUGCGGCGACGAAGACGCGCGCGGACUCCGCGGAGUCGGCGGUGGCGGGUGUGCGCGCGGAGGCGAAAGCCGUGGGGGAGAAGACGCGCGCGUGCGAGGCGGAGGCGGGGAAGCUCCGUGCUGACGUGGCAGAUCUGAAGAGCAAGGCACAAGCCGCGGAGAAGAAGGCGGGUGAUCAUGGCGGCGAGUUGCGCGCGUUGAAGGAGAAAGUGAAGGCGCUGGAGGGGCAAGUGGCGGACAGCAAGGCGCAGCAGCAGACUCUGCAGAAGCAGAUCUCGUCCAAAGAGGCGCAGGCGAAACAGGCGGAGCAGCAGGCGGCGACGCUCAAGAGCGAGUUGGAGGCAGCUAAGGGCGAGGUGAAGGCGACCAAGGAGAAGCUCAAGGGAGUGCAGGAGGAUCUCAAGGCUGCGCAGGCCGAGGCGGUCAAGGUCAAGGCCGUUGGAAAGGACGCGUCCGAGUGCCAGAGCAAGCUCACCCGCUCCAACACCCUUCUCAAGGAGACCACGGACUCGUUGGCGCGGCUGGAGAGGGAGGUGGAGGCGAAGCACGAGCAGCUGCUGCAGGUGGCCAGCAAGUGGCUGCCGCCGUGGCUCGAGGACCACCUGCUCUCCGCCAAGGACUCUGUGGUCUCUGUGUGGACUGACAAGGCUCUUCCAGCCAUUGCUUCUGUACGCGCAGAGAUCACACGUAUGGUCACUCAGAUGGGCGGCGCCGUAGGUCCCCAGCUCACUGCCGCUUACCAGGCGGCUAAGGAUAGCCUGCACCCGCACCUCACCAGCCUGCAUGCCCAGACUCAGCCGGUAGCGCGCAAGGCAGUGGCGGAGGCACGAGUGGCGCUGGCGCCGCUGGCAGCAGUGGUGGGGGAGAAGGGCGGGGAGGUGUACGGGCAGGUGCACUCCGUGCUGUCCCCGCACAUCAACCAGACAUGGACCGCCGUGGAACCUCAUGUGCAGUCCCUGCAAGUGCUGCUGGGCCCGCACCUGUCGACGGCAAAGGUAGCAGCAGCAGCAGCAGCAAAGCCGCUGCAGCCGCACUGGGAGAGGUACAACGCGGCGGUGAAGGACAUGGUGGUUGCUGCUGCUGACUUCUUCUCCGAGGAGGCUCUCCCUGACAAUACGCUCUGCUGGAUGGUCGUUGCUGCGCACAUUCUUGCGCUGCUCCUCAUGUUCAAGCUCACUUCCACGGCCUCCAGCCUCCUUUCGGCACCCACUAAGAAGGCCAAGAAGCCUUCUUCCAAGUCCAAGUCUUCUCACCGGUCGCGUCGCCACCAUAAGCCUUCUUCCAAGCAAGCCAGCACUUAG